AACUUCUAUACCUCUAUUACCCACUUCAUUACUUAUCUUAAACUUUCCAAGCGUUCAUUAUUAUAUAAUUCGAAGAGUAAUUAGAACUAUGAACAGAAAUUAGAUGAAUCUAACUUAUCAAUUUCAGUUGUGAUAGAGUUGCUGAGGAGAUGACUCUAGUUCCAAUUUCAUCCUGAAUUAUAUUGUUUAAUAUCUGUUAAAGUUAUUAUACAUUGUUAUUUGAUAUUUAAUCCUACUUAUUUCAUUUUUUUUUCAUGAAUCUUGCUGUUUGAAUAUCCGUAAUCCCACUUAUUUUAUUGUUUUUUAUGAAUCUUACUAUUUGAAUGUAACUGUAUAGUGAGCCUAUGAGCCUAUACCGUUAAUAGAAAGCUUUACAUUUUCAUCUCUCAUUUUGUAACUUAUACAGCGAUAAAACUUUCAUUCCAUUGUGUAAAACAUUAUAGCUCUGUACGUUUAUUGAUAGUAUAAAUAUUUCCAUAAAUAUUCAUCCUCCCCUAUACAGGAAGUUAGCGUGAAAUGACAACAUUUUGGAAAGCUUCCAACACAAAAAUGAUAUUUUGUGGAAGUAUUUUCACGUUAAUUUUAGGUGUUUUUGGUUUUGCCGUAUUAGUUUUGUUGAGUUCAGUGUUAACAGAUGCAACGGCGGAUACAUCUUUGGAGUUUGUUAUAGUGGUCCCUCGUCAUGGAGCUAGGGCUCCUCUACUGACCUAUCCAACUGAUCCAUACAAAGGGUCAGAGUUUUGGCCAGAGGGGAAAGGAUCUCUCACAAAGAUAGGUAAACAACAAAUGUACAAGAUGGGACAGAAUCUAGGCAAACGGUACAGUGAUUUGUUCAAACAUGGCUACCAACCGUCAGAUUUGAAAGUGAGGAGCACACCGAUAGCCAGAACCAUGAUGAGUGUGGCUGUUCUGUUGGCAGCAAUGUUUCCGCCAAGGGGUGCCAACCUCUGGCAUCCAACUCUCCAUUGGCAGCCCAUACCAAUUUUCACCGAGUAUCAUCUUGAUAAAACUGAACUUAUCACAGACACGAAGUUGUGUCCAAAGUUCACAGAUGAGAAAAAUAAAAUGACAAAUGAAUAUUUUAAAAAUUAUUUUGAGAAGGAUCGAGAAUUUUUCCACUACAUAGAAAAGCAUAGUGGAAUGAAUAUCACCAGUGGUUUCGACUACAUCAGUAUACACGAUCCUUUAAUAAAUGGUGAUAUCCAUGGAUAUCCUCUACCAAGCUGGACCAAGCCAAUAUAUCCAGAGAAAAUGGGUAAAGUUGCUGCUGAUAUUUACAGAUUGACAUUAGUGGCAACUCCACUUAUGAAUAAGCUUUUCUCAGGACCUCUGCUGAAGGAUUUCGAUCAAUGGAUUUCGAGCAAGAUGGACGGUAGAGUGAGAGAGAAAAUGCUGAUACAUGGAGCUCAUGACGUCACAAUAGUCGGCAUUUUGGCUGCCGUGGGUUUCGAGGAUAUUCCUUUUGUAGACCCGGCUGCCACGUUAGUCAUAGAACUGCAUAGAUCCGAAAUUCAUGGACAUGAAGUUAGAAUGCUCUACUACAACAAUAGUAACACAGAGGAGCCUUCAAAUCUAAAUAUGCCUAGAUGUCCGAACCCUUGUCCAGUCAGCAGCUUUAUGGAAGUUAUUCAACAAUGGAAAUUGAAGAAGGAAUAAAGUGGGAAGAAGCAUGUAAAAUGUGACUUUUUUAUCGUCAGUAAAAUAAAAAGUAUACUUUUGCACAAA